AUGGCUGUGCUGCAGUGGCCACUGGCGCCGGACUUCGAAGUUGACGGCGAAAUCGAGGUUCCGGCCGUGGUGUUUGGCACUGGGCUUAUUGGGCUGGACAUUAACUUGGACAGCAAGUCCAUUCUUGAAACGGGAGUUAUUGACGACAUUGACGUCGGGCCCAACAACGCGGCAGUGGACGCGGACGCGGAAGCGGAAGCAGAAGCAGAAGCAGAAGUAGACCAGGGUGCUGACACGGCCGAAUCCUGGCUUCUGACAGAGACGACGACUAACAGCAGCGGCUUGGACGAAGCCCAGCUGCAGCGACACCAGCGGCAGCAUCGACAACAGCAUCAGCAGCAACACGAGGCCGCUCCGGCGCCAGCAGCAAGCAGAGAAGGCAAGCACAGCGGUGCUGCGCCAUCUUCUCCCGCACUCGCACCUGCAACUCCUGCGCCUGCACUUGCACUUACACCUGCCCUUUUCGCUCCGUUGUCCGACAACGACAACGGCAGCGCCGAUCCCUCGGCGGCAGACCCACUCGUCUCCUUAUUACAACUGGACCCUUUGAUAAGCGCUCCUCCUGUUGGUCUUGCUGGGUCGUCGUCGGCAGCCUGGCACAUUCCGAACCCCAACUCAAAUCCCAGCACCAGCAACAGCACCAGUUCUUGUUCCAUCCACCCAGAAGAAACAUCUUUGCCUGCACCCCCCCUCCAUUCGCAUCCGCACCCGCACCCGCACCCGCAUCUGCUGCACCACCACAACCAGUCCCAGCUGUACCAAAACCAACUGCGCCAGCACCAUCCAGGUCUGCUCCAGAACCAUCUCCCGCAACGUCCACGCCAUUACGCCCACCAGCUCCAGAACCAGCACUACCCGUACCCAGCCCAACACCAUUACCAUCGCCCACCACAACCACUUCCCGUCCACGUCCAGCACCGCCAGUCAUCCCAGCUCCAGCCCCAGUCCCAGUCCCAGUCCAAGUUCCAGCACCAGGCCCUAGAGGCCCUUCGACCUCCGUCUACGCCGACACACCCAGUGCCUCUGCUCCAACCUGCAGACCCUGCUGCGCCUGGGCCACUGCAGUUGCUAGGCCCAGUGCCAGAAGCAGAGCGAGCGGCGCUGCUGCCACUCCUAUUCCCUCCCGGGCCUCCAGCUCCAGCUCCAGCUUCCGCCUCUGCUCCUAUUACUAGUCGACCAGCGAAAUUCGUCGACGAACUUCCUCACAACUCUCCCGACCCCGUCGCAUCACCCGCCAACAGGUCGCCAGACCAAGACGAGUCAAUCAUGGACGUCGACAUGUCCUCCGCAGACCUCGCGGCCCAGAAUCUUCAACGGCCGCAGCAGUCAACCCCCCAGAAAUCCGACUCGCCAUCCCAGGCGGGGGGAACUUCUAAUGUCGCCAACACAAGCCCGAAUCCCCAAUCUGGGAGCUCUGCCUCUGCCUCUGCCUCGGCUGCCGCCGCCGCCGCUGCCGCCGCCGCCAACCACAUGAGUUUUCGCAGGCAACGAGCCUCUAGAGCAUGCGAGGUACGAUGCGAUGCUGCAAGCCUCGGCGUGCCCUGCACGAACUGCGUGGCCUUCCAAAUCGAAUGUCGCAUCCCGACCCCGAAGAGAAAGAAGACUACGAAUGCCGGAACAAGUAAAGACUCGGACAGGUCUGCUCCAGCUUCACCGCUGCCAUCUGCCCCAAGCACCGGGCUAACUGAGCUUCUCUCUAGCGAGAAGGGGGACAACGCUGAGGAUCGCUCUCCGCGAGCUGCGAGCACUGCUGCUCCCGGCACCUUUCCGCCGAGAACACCCGCCGUCUAUCACACCACCGAUGGCACACCGUCCUCUACAUACACCGAGUCACAGGCCCGAAAAGAGGAGAUUGAUAGCGGCACCUACCUCAACUUGGUCAUGAAGCCCAAGUUCACGAGAGCGCCCAUCACCGAUGCUGGCAGAGUCGCGUAUCUGGGAGAGUCAUCGAACUUGACGUUGCUGGUACACGACCGCCAAGGGUCCUCCGACGUGGUUCACUAUCCUCUGCCCGAAAAUGUCAGGGGCUCAAGAGCCCGCCUCACUGAGCUUGACAACGUGGAAAUAGACAUCUUACACCAGCGCGGUGCCUUCCUCCUCCCGCCCAGGUCCCUCUGCGACGAGCUCAUUGAUUCCUACUUUAAAUGGGUUCACCCGAUUGUGCCCGUCAUCAAUCGCACUCGCUUCAUGAGGCAAUACCGCGACCCCAAAAAUCCUCCCUCCCUCCUUCUGCUGCAGGCUGUGCUGCUGGCCGGCUCCCGAGUCUGUACGAAUCCGCAAUUGAUGGAUGCCAACGGCUCGACAACCCCUGCCGCGCUUACCUUUUACAAGAGGGCCAAGGCCUUGUACGACGCCAACUAUGAAGACGAUCGAGUGACCAUCGUCCAGUCCUUGCUGCUGAUGGGUUGGUAUUGGGAAGGCCCCGAAGAUGUAACCAAGAACGUCUUUUACUGGAGUCGUGUAGCCACCAUUGUUGCGCAGGGAUCCGGCAUGCACCGCAGCGUGGAGCAGUCACAACUGAGUCGUUCCGACAAGAGAUUAUGGAAAAGGAUCUGGUGGACUCUCUUCACACGCGACAGAUCGGUGGCUGUAGCUCUCGGUCGGCCGGUGCAUAUCAACCUAGACGACUCGGAUGUGGAGAUGCUUACCGAGGACGAUUUUAUCGAAGACGAAGGCGACCGGAACAGCGAAUACCCUCCAGAUCCGAUUCAUGUUCAAUUCUUCAUGCAGUACGUCAAGUUAUGCGAGAUCAUGGGCUUGGUGCUAUCACAGCAGUACUCCGUUGCUUCCAAAGGACGUCAACGCAACGCCAUUGAUUUAACGCACAGCGACAUGGCCUUGGCAGACUGGCUUCAGAACUGCCCAAAGCUCGUGUACUGGGAGGUUGCCCGGCAUCACUUCUGGUCUGCGCUGCUUCACUCCAACUACUACACAACAUUAUGUCUGUUACAUCGGGCCCACAUGCCACCAAACGGUGGGAGCCGAUUUCCCGACGAUGCUCCUUAUCCAUCACGGAACAUCGCUUUUCAGGCGGCGGCCAUGAUUACCUCUAUCAUCGAAAACCUAGCUGCUCACGGCGAGCUACGCUUUUGCCCGGCCUUUGUCGUGUACAGUCUGUUCUCCGCGCUCAUCAUGCACGUUUAUCAGAUGCGGUCGCCGGUCCCCUCGAUCCAACAGGUGACCCAAGACAGGUUACGGACGUGUAUGCAAGCACUCAAGGAGGUUUCGCGCGUCUGGUUGGUGGGCAAGAUGGUUUAUACCCUGUUCGAAUCCAUCAUCGGAAAUAAAGUACUGGAAGAACGUCUGCAAAAGGCCGCCGGCAAGAGGCACAGGAAAGCACAACAAACUCUGGCUCAACUCGAGCAACAGCAGCAACGACCCCAGGAAGCGGCGAAGAGAAAGUAUGACGACAUGGCGAUUGACUUCAGCGUCAACACACCGACGCCUCAGGAAUCGUACGAGCGAUCACGUCCUCAAACGCCCAGCCAUAUGAAGGGCGACGGAUCAUCCAACUCCCAAACCAUGCCACCACCCACGUCUCCAAAUUCCAGACAAAAUGCCGACACAUUCAUGGGUGGAACAUCUUCGAGGCCACAGACGAGGCCGGCGACUCCGUUCAACCCGUCAUUUUCUGUCCCAGCAACGCCACCAGACCUAUACCUGGUGACGCGCAACUCGCCGAACAUUUCGCAAUCACUAUGGGAGAACUUCCAGCCCGAUCAGUUAUUCCCUGAUAGCGCCAGCAUGCCGGCUUUUCCUCAAAUGUCUCCCUCAGUUCCAAACCAGUCGGGCAUAGACGCUGGGCUCAUGGCACAACUUCAAAAUCCCAACCUGCAGGGUGGGUUGUCUAGCCAGAACAGUCAAUUCCAACAGAGAGCAGCAACGAAGGCAGGACUAGGCGGAAGCCCUCCGCAAGGGCACAAUGUAGUACCGGGAUUACAGGGUUUCCAGCAACAACAGCAACAGGGACAUGGGCAGAACAAUAGCAAUUUGAACAGUAGUUUGUGGACGGCCAACUUUGAUGGCUUGAUGCCAGAUGGGCACAGUCCCAGCGACAGCUGGAGCACAGGAUCUGCACAAGGGCAGCCGGUCCCCAAUACUCUUAACGUUGAAGACUGGUUCCAAUUUUUCGGUAUUAACAACGGGGACCUAGCGAACAUGAAUAUCGACUUGGGGCUAGGGCCUCAGUAG